AUGGCGGCGCCCAUGCUGAGCGCUCUGAGGCGGCCGGGCUGGGGCCUGCGUGGGGUUGGGCGGGCUCGCGCGAGCGGCCCCCACCGGAGGGUCAUCAGUUUCAAGCUAGAUGAGCGAACGGCUCACAGCAGCCUGGAUCUCUCCAAAAAAGACACCAGCGUCAUUUACCGUAUGCUGGGGAUUGACCCAACCAAGGUCCCCCAGAACCCCGAGCGAUUUCGGGAGUGGGCGGUGGUGCUGGGGGACGCUGCCGUGUCCAGCGGCCAGCACUACUGGGAAGUGACGGUUAAGCGCUCGCAGCAGUUCCGUAUCGGCGUGGCUGAUGUGGACAUUUCCAGGGAAGGGUGCAUUGGGCACGACGACCGCUCCUGGGUGUUUGCGUACUCCCACCACAGGUGGUACGUCAUGCUGGCCAAUGAAACCACCCCCAUCCGCAACGUCGGCAACCCCGAGCGCGUGGGGCUGCUGCUGGACUAUGAGGGCAAGAAACUCAGCCUGGUGGACGUGGGCAAACAGGUGUUAAUCCAUACCCUGGCCACGGAGUUCCAGGGGCCCGUGGUGCCCGCGUUUGCUCUCUGGGAUGGGGAGCUGCUAACUCAUUCUGGGGUGGAUGUGCCCAAGAACCUCCGGGACAGUUAACGGUUAACCCCAGGGCCUGGGAUGUCUGGACGUGUCCUUCUGUAGGGAGAUCCUUCGACGAUGCUUCAGCGUGAGGCAGAGAAAGGGAUUUGGUCAGUCCCCUCACCCCGCUUAGUCCAGAGGGGGCGCUCUCCAGGCUGCUCUAGCUUGCUUUCCCCUUGGGAAGGAGCAGUCCCCCCUCAGCCCCAGCUAGGAACCAACUCCCGCUCUUCUGCUCAGCUAAAGCAGGGUCCUCAGGCCAAGAUUCUGCCUGCUACAUCUGUGGCUCAGCCCUGGAGCAGAGAAUCCCCCUGCUGCCCCUGGGGAUCCGGCAAUCCUGAACUUGUUUCCCUUCUCCAUCUCAGCUGGUCCUUAGGAACUUUGUGGCCAUCUGCCACUCCUGGGCCAAGCGCCCUGCCGGUCCCUGCGCCCGUCCUCACCUAGCGCCCCGUUUGGCAGAUUUGGAUUUGAAUGACAUGAGGCUUUGCUAGAGGGAGGGAAGCGUCACUGUUGUCCCCUUCUAUCUCAGGGAGGGGAGGACAGUUGGGCGCAACAGCUCUCAGCCGGCCGGUCCUGCAUCUCAGCGGCGGCACCCAAACCCAGCUGGAAACCUAGAUCCCGUUCCCCUCCUAUGUCGGCAAACGAGGCCGUUACGCUUCCGUUUCCCCAAG